AUGGUUGAGCAAGAGAAUCCCGAUGCCGCAAAUGAAGACAAUGAUGAAGAAGAAGAAGAUGAUGAGGGCAUCGAUGAUGAAGGGGUACAGGAGCACCUGAAGGAUGCGAUCCAUGGUACCCUGAAGCUGAAGCGGCUUCUCAGCGAAGAUGGAGAUGCUUUCCAGACAACCGGCGGCUCCAUAAAGAAACGCAGGACAGUGGAAAGAUGUGGACCUGCAGAGCAAGCCAAUGUGACGCAUCUUCUCACAAAGUGGGGAGCCGAGGACGAUGUGCUGUUGAGGCAUGUCCUGGAGGGCUUGAAGCUUGAAGAAUUGGAAGCUUUGAACACCUCCGGCUACUUGCCGGACAAGUUCAAUGCCUGGAAAUCAUGCGCUGAUUUAACCGCCAUGCAUAUUGCUGGCAUGAGAGAACGGAAUACUGCUGGCGGAGGGCCAUUGGAUGCCAUCUCAGCAUUCAGGUUCAACUGGAAGCUGGACGGCACGACGGAUCCACUGCUCAGAAAGCUGUGCCACAAAGAUUUGCGCUACGUGCUGACACGUUUUGAUGGCUCCAAGGAUUUACCGACUCUUAUCCAGGAGGCAGUAGAUUCAGAUCCAGACCUUACCUCUGCGGAAGGGUCAGCAGUACGGGCGCCCGGAUGCACAGCAGUGGGCAGAUUCCAUCGCCUGGAGCUCAUAGAUCCGACUGCAGAUUCAGCCGUCUUUGGGGACGCCAACCUGAGCUUUGCUCUGAAUCUAGCUCGGCAUCGCAAGGCCUUGGGCCACGUCGGGCGUGUAAUUGCAACAACCUUCGAGUCCCUGGAAAUCUUGAGAGAGCGAUACUCUGAAAUCGACGAAACAAUUGCAGUGCUGGAGAAGCACUUUGCAGAAGUCCACCACGAGGUGGACUGCACACGCAUAGCAGUCCACUCGGAGUUCAAAGAUUUGGAACGCUCCCUGGGGGCUGUUUAUUACAAUUUUCCGCAUGCAGGAGCUGUGGGAGGGUUUUUUGAUGGCCAUCCUCUGGUCAACUGGCGGCACGAGAACUUGAUGCGGCUGUUCUUCAGGGCUUUGCGCGCUUACGUCAAGCCAGGAGGCGUCGUAAAGGUGGCAUCGAAUCAGGGAGCUGUUGGUGUCCGGUACUCCUACAUCAUCUGUUCGGCAGCAGAAAACGAAUUCAGGCACGUAGAGACAGUUCCAUUUCUGCAAUGGAGUUUGCACCGGUAUGGCCGGUCAUACGGGGACCGUCGAGAUACUUACAGACGGCCAGACGAGGGAGAGGGUUACAAUGUCCAGCGCGCGGACAAGGACAUGGUGUACACAUUCAAGUAUGAACCUUCUGGCCGUGCUUUGCCUCCGCAAGAUAUCCGGCUGCCACCAACGUUCAAGACCAUAGAGGCAUGUCCUGAUGGAGCCUUCGAGGGGAUGAGCGGCGAGUCACGGAAAAACCUGGCCAAGCAGCUCUACAAGCGCUUUAUGCUGGAGUGCUCCGGGAUCCACGUGGGUUGA